AUGCGUCAGUUUAUAGUACUCUUGGUUUUUGGCAUCGUUUGGCAUCACAGCCACGGAAGAGAAGUGCGCUUUUCUAAGGACUUUAAAAAGAUUGGAUCUAAGUAUUACUAUAUUGAGGAUAAUGAUGAACUGGACUGGUUCGAUGCUAGCGACAAAUGUGAAAGCAUGAAUGCCCACUUGGUCAGUAUCAAAAAUGUUAACGAAUGGGCUGCUAUCAACAAUCACUUGACCCAAUGCAAAGACUAUUGGGUGGACAUCAGAAACGACGGAGAUGAGUUCGUAUCAGAAGCUACCGGAGAGGAGGCUCCAUUUUUAAAAAAAGGAGCUUCCCGUCCGGAAGUGUCUGACAUGAAGGUAAAGUUUGACUCAACAUCUCUGAUGUCUACCCAGUAG